CAAGGACAAUAUCAUGCGGAUCAUGGUCGUCGUCAACCCCUCAAGGAGGUAUCUGCUCUUGCUCAAACAAACACACUUGUACCGCAAUAUACUCCGCAGGAUCAAGUAGAGAGCUCACGUCCACGACACGCGCAAGCCCCUACACCGCAUCCACAUAUCGUUGAAAGGAAACGUGCGCGAACCAAGGUUCUCGAUGAGACCUCUGAGGCACGAAUUGAGAUGAAGCAGCAGCUGAAGGACUCAGUUCAGCUUACUCCAGAUGAGGAGCGGAUUGUCAAGCGCGUGAAGCCAUACCAGACUUCAUAUUGUCCGGCGACCGAGCAAGCGCGUGAGAGGGAGAAUGACCUCAUGCUGGUGAACGAAUACGCGGCUGAUAUCUUUCAAUAUAUGCGCGAAAUGGAGGUUAUACUGGCGCCGAAUGUGAGGCACGAGGAGUGGAUGUCAACCCAUAUCUGGCAGAUGCGAUGGGAAGUCGUUAAUAUUCUCACGCAGUAUCAUGAGCAUUUAAAUAUGCAUCUCGAGACCUUCUUCCUAGCCGUCAAUAUCUUUGACAGGAUCCUCAGCAUGCUCAAUCACCCCAGUGGCGAGGUAUCUGCUCGAAAGCAGAUGCAUGAACGCCAGUGUAUGAUUGUACGUGGUUUCGCAUGCCUGUUGAUCGCGUCGAAAUUCGAGGAACGGAACGCAAAUGUUUCUCUGGCACUCUUUGUCUAUGAACUACGGAAAUUCGGAAUCCCUAUCGAGGACGAAGAUUUCCGAAAGUUGGAACGAUCGUUUCUGCGUAUGAUUGACUACAAUCUGGGAUGGCCAGGUCCCAUGUCGUUUCUGAGGCGGUGUACCAUUGCGGACGGCUCCGAAAUCAAGGCACGGACUUUGGCAAAGUAUAUUCUAGUGGCGAUCCAGUCUCAUCCACAGUUCCUACACUACAAACCGUCAUUGCAGGCGGCAGCAGCACUGAAUCUAGGUCGCUGGAUAGAUGGUCGGAUGGAAUGGGAUGAGAGCAUGCAAAAAUUCUCUGGCUACGGAGUGGAGCAGGUGGAGGUCGCGACAUUAGACAUGAUGAACUUCCUUAACUAUGAAGGAAUCGAGGAUUCGUUUGCAUAUCGCGUAUACUCUGGCAAGAAGAAAUUGUGUGCUUCGCCCUUCGUCAUGAAGUGGAUCAAGCAGCAGGCGCUUGAGCAGCAUCGGGAGCAGGAGCAGGAACGAAGAGGCUACAGACAGCUACUGUCAUUCGAGCGGACAUAGGAUCGAGAGCUGUUUCCGUACCUCGAUCAUUUACCUGCAGGUAUAAAGGCGACGACGAAGGAAGCUGGAUCCAUUUCACGCGCCGAGGAAUGCACUGGGAGGCAUGCCGGUAAGUUCCAUGGGAACAUAAACGGCGAAUGUAUUACCCGCACAUUUCUUGACGCGUGAACUGUAACCGUUACUUGGCGAC